AAAAAACAAAAUUUUCCUAACUAUUGACCUUUCUAUAAAAAACAAGAAAAUUUAAUGUGUAUAGUGGAGGUCGGAUAGUGCAAGUUAACCCUCAAGAUCAAGAUCAAGACAAGAUGAAGACUGCAAAGAGUAAGUGGAGAUCUAACCCGUUCUCUUACAGAGUCCCACCCCUUGUACCGCCCCUUCCCCAUCAAUGUUCUUCAAUCUUGUUGAUGUUGUCCUUACUUGUCUAUCUUUCAUGGUGACUUCAAGCUGUCUCUGCAUUUCUUGAGUUGCAUAUUGGUCGAAGCCAGUGAUGCUUUUUAAUUAGGAGACUAGUCCUACUGGAAAUUUCUGUCGGUGUUGAUACUUCAAGGAAGUCGUCAGUUGUCAUGUUUAUUUAUAUUGUCAUGAUUUAGAAAAUAAUUUUGUUUAAUUUUUUGUUAUCAAAAGGGUCCUUUAUUCAUAGUAAAUUAGCAAAAAUAAUCGUAAACCAAAGGUAACCACCAUAAAUGUUGUAGGAGUAGUUAUACUUAUCUACUCAAAUCAACAUUCAUUUUGAUGAGGAAUGUUUGAUCAUAAUAUGUUGUAAAUAGACCAUUUAGACAAGCUAAAUGAAUAUUUACACUUUCUAAUAUCAUCAUUACUCUGACUUCUGAAUGUAAUUAUUCUAAAAUUAAGUAUUUGGUUACUUAAAAAUAAUAGAAAAAAACCUCACAAAUCCUUAAAACAAUACUAAUCACCAUAAUGUUUAAAAAAAUAAUUUUGCAGACCAAUAAUUAAGUCCAGUCCAAUCAAAAUUCAUUUUGAUGAGGAAAAAAACGUAUAGGCAACACAAGCUUAGAAACUUAGCUUUGUCCUGAAAUUAAAAUCUUUUAUAAUAGGGCCUAACUGUCAAACUUCCUAAAAACCACUUAUUCUCGAGCGCUGCGAAAAAAGAAAAAAAUGAAAAGUGAAUGCCGUUAAAAAAGAAGAUAAAAAGAAGAAGACGGAUUGUCAACAGGAGAAAAAAACAGACGGCGAAACAGAGCAGAUCAUCCAUGGGGAGCAUGCAUGAAGGGGAGAUGUCGGUAAUGCUUUAGGUAUGUAUGAAUAGUUAGACAGUAAGGGGAUAAUAGUGUUGGCCUAGAAAUAAGACUAACUCUCUACUUUUUCAACAGGUUUGACAAUUGUAAGUAUAUGUUGUCUUGAGCAAAGAACUGAGCUGUGAGUAAACGAUGAUGAAGACUCUCCCUUUGAUGUCACUGAUGAGUGACUGGAGGCUGUUCUUCAAAGGUUAAGUAUGAGGUAAAUGUAUCAGGGUAAAUUAGUCUAGCCAAACUUUCCCCCAGCACAUCUAACCAAACAUUUCUGAACAAAUUGUCUCAACAGCGCUAACCAAUUUUCUCAACAGCGAGCUAACCAAUUUUCUUAAUAGCCUGACCAUUAAAUGGUAAGGCUGUUGAGAGAAAUGGUUAGCUCGCUGUUUUUCUCCGUAGCCUAACCUGAUAGCCUCGACAUAGGCUAUACUCUUUUUUGUUUUCACAGAUUGUAAUGCAGAAAUGGAGAAGCUCCCUUGCUGUCUCCAAAGGUCAGCAGGGUCAAUGAGGUCAAGUUUUAGCAUCAAAGGUUAUGUAUCAGAUCCUGUUCUCUCCUUGAAGAAUGAGAUGAUGAGGAAGUUGUUUUCUGAAAUCUUGACUGAGCUGAGGAUGCUACCAGCAGGGACUGUGGUCAUGAACGGUUUGAAUAUGUAUCGGAUUGAGACGAUUGACUUUGAGAUGACAUUCCCGCAACCUUGGGAGGCUUAUAAUCAAUGUUCUGGGGGUUGUGUACCGACCACCAGCUUUUUGGACCCACCAGCUAAAGCUACAUCAAUUCAAGUGAUGAACUUAAGAGAUGACAAUCACCCAAUCUUGAGGCUAUAAUCAACACUUGUCAACACUGGGGACUGUGUGCCAAUAGCUUCAAGUUUAGCCAGCCCACUCUUUACUACAAGUUUAACCUUUCAAGAGAUCCCUUGAUGUUGAGGCUAACCAAUGCUUUUGGAACAGAAAGAGUCAACAACAGACUGAUUGCCCAGACUGAGACACUAACCUUGGAGAUGACAUUCACCCAACCUUAUCGAUAAGUCAAUGCUUGUUGGACUGUGUGCCACCAGCUGAGGGACUGUGCCAAAUCUACCAUGAUGACUCUUCGCUACAAGAAGUUCAACUGUUGAAGGGCAAUAGGUAACCCAAUGCUUUUGGCUUAUGUGCCACUGGCUGAAGGACUGCAGCAAGUCUUGCAAGAUGAUUCUCCAGUGAGAGCUAAACUGUUAAAGUCACAGAGGGAUUGUUGCGGACAAUCAACACUUUUUGGACUGUGUGUGUCACCAUUUGGAGGACUAUGUCAACUCUACGUAGAUGAAUCUGCGAGAUACAAGCUCAACUGUUCAAGUGACACAUUGAUGUUGAUGCUUCAUAGUUGCAACCAAUAUUUUUUGGACAGUCACCACCUGAAGAAAGACUGUGCGUCAAGUCUAGCUAAAUGACUCCCACAUCUUCAACUAAAACAAACUGGACAAUUGACAGCUCCAUUAACUGCAUAAAUACACUUGAAGAGAGGACUGUCUUAGGCCAUGGCCGAUUUAGGCAUUUCUUGACUCCAUCAAACUCCAAUGUUGUUGUACAAUGUUAGCUUGGUACUCACAUCAGUAAUUUAUUUGAUAAAACUGGUCUCAGGCUAAUUAGCAUUGAUGGUUCUUAAUGGAAAAUUCACUUCAAAGUUAAAUACAAUUAGCGUUGGAUUUUGAUGGUGUCAGAAGUGAUAGGAAUAUAUUGAUAAAGAUGGUGCAGCCUUUGUAAAAAGAAACAAGCAAUUACAUCAAUCCAGGCCCGAUUUCAUGAGGCUGUCAAAUAGAAAGCAAUGCUUUUUCGCAAACAAUUUCUUGCUGAGCAAAACAAGAGUGGUGCACCAA